AUGUCGGUGGCCCGACACCCCGUUGAAGCUGAUGACUGGGAGUGUAAGAGGGUUAAAGGGAUGGCCUCACCUAUACUCGGAUUCUCGGAUAAGGAUAAAGUUGGAACCAUCCAGCCCCACAACGAUGCUUUAGUCGUCACACUCAGGAUUGGGGGAUAUGACGUGAGGAGGGUGCUAGUCGAUCAGGGCAGUGCCGUGGAGGUAAUGUACCACGACUUGUAUAAGGGGCUGAAGCUGCGACCAGAAGACCUGACAGCAUAUAACCCCCCUUUGGUGAGUUUCGAAGGGAAAACUGUUAUUCUGAAAGGCCAGAUUAGGCUGCUUAUACAAACAGACUCGAACAUAGUGGAGGUGGACUUCAUAGUGGUGGACGCAUAUUCACCCUACACCGCCAUUGUAGCCAGACCGUGGCUUCAUACCCUAGAAGCUGUAUCAUCAACCUUACACCAAAAGGUGAAGUACCCAUCGGAGGGUCAGGUCAAAGAAGUGGUGGGGGACCAAGCCAUGGCCCGGCAAUGCAUGGAAAGAUUUUUUCAGGUCGGCUCGGAACUGUCGCCCCAAGAGAAGGAAAAGCUGAUUGAUUUUCUCAGAAAAAAUGUGGAUGUGUUUGCAUGGGAUGCCUACGAGGCUUCGGGGGUUGUUCUGAAUUUCAUUUGCCACCAUCUUAAUGUUAGUCCGGUCGUGACACCAAAGAAACAACCUCCUCGGCGACUGUCAAAAGAGCAUGCGGAUGCGAUGAGGGAGGAGGUGAUGAAAUUAAAGAAAGCAGGGGCUAUCAAAGAAGUUUUUUACCUCGAGUGGCUGGCCAAUACAGUUGUGGUGAAGAAGAAGAGUGGGAAGUGGCGAGUCUGUGUGGACUGCACAGACCUGAAUAAGGCUUGCCCGAAGGAUCCUUUCCCUAUGCCUCAGAUAAAUUGA